CAGUCCAGACCAGCAAAUUGGAUGGGAACAGCCGAAACUAUACUGAAGUCUACAGGGUGGCACAGACUUUUCUACACAGUUGCUUUCAUUGAGGAUCUGAGGAGCCAACACACACCUUCCCUGUGAGAGAGACUCAUGCUACUGCUGUCAGCUACAUGAGAGUGUGGGCUGACAAUGGGCACAGGCUGCAAGACUGAAUGUGAGAUUUAUUAGGAGUGGCUUCUCGGGCUGUUUCUCAACUCUGGGAGCACCUAGGACAGAGAACCAGCGGGUGGGAACCAGUUGCCUGUCUCCUGCAGGAUUUGGACUUGUGCUCUCUCUCUCCAAACCUCAUGGUGCCACAUCUCUGUUUGCUCACUGCAUUCCUCUUCCAUCAUCCCUGACCCUUGGCUCUACCCCAUUUAUCAUUUCUUUACUGUAGUAUACCGUACACUUUUUUCUGUCUUACUUUAUCUUUUUUCUCUCAAGGCUUUCUGCUUGUCUCUGCAUCUUUUACUCCUCUCUCUAUCCCAGUGCUAUACUCUGUGUCCACGCCUCCAUCUAUCUUCCCUGUCUUCGUCCCUGUUUCCCUGCUACCAGCAGCUAUGGACCUGACUUUGUGGCAGUACCAGUUCAGGAUCAUCAUGCUGGGGGACUCCACGGUGGGAAAGUCCUCCCUGCUGAAGCGCUAUACUGAAGACAUGUUCCUUGAGUCCAUCAACGAGACGGUGGGCGUGGACUUCUAUGUUCACUUCCUGGAGGUGGAGCCAGGGGUCCGGGUGAAGCUGCAGUUCUGGGACACGGCCGGCCAGGAGAGGUUCAGGUCAGUGACUCGCUCUUAUUACCGCAAUUCUGUUGGGGGCCUUCUGGUGUUUGACCUGACCAACCAAGCCUCCUUCGACCAUAUCAAGGAAUGGCAUGCCGAGGUGUGUGACCGGGUCCAGCCACAUAAGGUUGUGUUCAUCCUGGUGGGCCACAAGAGUGACCUGGCAACUGAAGGGCAGAGGGCGGUGAGCCGCGCGGAGGCCGAGACCCUGGCUGGACAGCUUGGGACCCUCUACGUGGAGGCCUCAUCCAAGACAGGCGAGAAUGUGCAAGAGGCCUUUGAACUUCUCGCUCGGCGGGUUUACCAGGGUCUUUUGAGCGGAGAGGUAGAGCUGCGAGAGGGCUGGGACGGGGUCAAGUGCUCUGCCCCGCGGGCUCUGCAGUUGAGAGCCAGCUUGUCUCAGCCCAGCGCUCCCCCCAAGAACAGCAAGAAGUGCUGUGGUUAAACUGUGGACCGGUGCUAUUGCUUUUGAACAAAAAACGGCCCUUUGAGAGCUGACAGACUGUGAGUGAAUACAACUGCGUGACAUUCUGAUCAUUAGAAAAUUCAAAUACGUUUUUAACACCUGGGCCGUGGAGUGAAAAUCCUAACAUGACAAUUUUGGGGAGCGAAAGAACCAUGUAAUAGACUACAUGAGCGGAAGAGCCAUGACAUUUUUGAUAAUACUCUGACUUCUAUGAAUAUGGAUGAGCAGUGAUCCAGGUGCAGAGCUCACAAAACCUUGCCAGGGUCUUCUGGCUGAAAACAUCCUGACAUAUAGUGCAUGCGAAUCUAUUUGUAACAUUUACAUUCAUAAAAUAGGUGAUUAAACUGUUUUAAUUUACAAUAAAUAAAUAAUUGUUUACUUGUUGACUUGAAAACUGAGUGGGCACAUACAUUGCUUCAGUCCAAUAAAGGUUAGGUUUGGCACCACUGCUUCAAUCAUUCCAGUACCGGGAGCACUGCCUCAUUGGAUUCAAUAGUUGGGACCAGACUUGUCUCAUUCAGUGAAAUAGCUGGUAGAGUUGGUGUUACUGCCCUGUUUAAUCAGAAAACCCCAUCCUAUGUGCCAGUAAUCUUGUUGGAGAACAAAGGAACCCCAAGGCUAUACUAAGCCCCGCUGUUUUUUCCUCAGAACAAAAAAACAGGUUGCACAAUAUCUAUCGCGGUGAUGUUUCACCACGUAGCUGUUUUGCCGUGAUUGCCAGCCAACAAGGGUGUGGGAUUGUGGUGUCAUGACAAAAGAUAAGGGGCCUUUUUGUUAGCCCUUCUAGAGAUAGACAUAUAUUAUUCAGUCAGCAGUCAAGGCCCAAGUCAGUCUGAGUUGUAGAAAUGGAUUAUACAGCAUCCAGUAAAUGAUUGAUUGUUGGUGCUGCUGGUGAAAUUUAAGUAAUUUAUGAAGUUUCUCAUGUAUCUUUGGAUACUGGUUCUUUUGAUAUAUUGUGAUAAGUUUUUUAUGGAAAUACAUAUACUUCUAUACCACUGAACACAGCCUGUGCAACAGAAAUUCAGUAUACUUUGGUACUACAUUAUGCUGAUUGAUUUACUCAUUGGUAGCUGUUGUCUGAAUGAUAUUCAGUGUACAUGGUUCCACAAAAACUGAUUUUCUUUCUUGAUUUUACUCCACUUAGUCCUCAAUAGAUUUGUAACUAUGUAGUAUGGCAAACAUAAGUAUGGCAAACUUUUCGACCAAAAUGCUGUCUCAAUAAUAAAUAUG